AGUUCAUCCGGGACUUUUCUCAGAGACUCUCGUGCGCAGGCGCAGCGCUUCCGGUGUUUCGACCUCUGCUGUUGACCGUCCUCGGCUGCUGCAAUCUUAAAAGGGUUAAAAAACAAUAUAUUCCCUCAGAUUCCACCAUGUACGCCUGUGCGAAAUUUGUCUCCACACCUGCCCUGGUCCGCUCUGGAUCCCGGGCUUUGUACAGCCCCAUGUCUGCUGCUGUGCUGUCUAGGCCAGAGCUCAAAACAGAGACUUCUGCUGCACUGCUGCCUCAGUCUCCCCUCACCCAGGUGUGUCUGCGAGGCUUCCAGACCAGCGCGGUGAGCCGUGACAUCGACACUGCCGCCAAGUUCAUUGGAGCUGGAGCUGCCACCGUCGGAGUGGCUGGAUCUGGUGCUGGAAUUGGAACUGUUUUUGGCAGUCUGAUCAUUGGAUAUGCCAGGAACCCAUCUCUGAAGCAGCAGCUCUUCUCUUAUGCUAUUCUGGGAUUUGCUUUGUCUGAAGCCAUGGGUCUCUUCUGUUUGAUGGUUGCUUUCCUCAUCCUGUUUGCCAUGUAAAAACUCACUGCAAGUGGCAACCUACGCUGUAAUCACUUGUGAAUUCACAGUCGCUACCAAAAGUGUCUGCUCUUAAUUGUCCAUGUAGAAAGAAAUGCUCAUUUUCAGUGGCCACUCUGUCAAAAGAAUAAUGUAUUAUAAACUUGUAAGCAAUUACAAAAUUAAAAUGUGUAUUUGAACUGUUUAAAGGACAACUGUAAUUUUUGUAUUUUGGGAAGCCUGUUUAUCCUCCCCCUCCUCUUUGAAAAGCAAUGGUGCUAACUAAAAUAUCAAUGUUGAGGAUUCACAGAAAAAUCUUGGUCGUCUGAUAGCACUUUCUGUACAUCACAGCUGGAGAUGUGUACUUGUUUUGGGUCCACUCAUUCCCAGGGGUGGCUGGAGAAAGGGAUGUAGGAUGCAGCUGGUUAAAAGCCAGUAAACAUUUGCUUUUGUAAAUUGCGUUAAAUAAAUAUAUACUUGUUUA